CACAGAGCCCGCAUUGAUCGAGGGGACUCGGGGGCAGGCAGAGCGCGCGAGCGUCACCACGGGAAAGCGCACGAAGCGGACCGGAGCGUCCUUGCUCUCUCUAGCAAGAGUGAAGGGCAAUAUUGCGACAGCGAGGAGGGAAGGAGGAGCGCUCGGUCAGAGCUGAGGAGGCGACGUCUCGCACACCGCGACCGUGGCCCCGCUCAUGGAAACCGAGUUAGCGGCCCUGCAACGUUCCAGAAGGCCCUCCUUCGACAUGAUUCGGGAGUUUAAAUAAAGUGCCCCCCCCCCAGAAGCAAAGAGCACAUAACCCUUUCAGUGCACAGUUUCGCAGUGAAAUGGAGGGGCAGGAAUAGCCAGAAACCAAUUUGCGUCGCCUAGUUGCUUCGCUGCGCUACUGCAUGGGCGCCAUUUGCUUCCAAGAUAUCUAAGUGCUCUCUUUCAUUUGUUCCCCUCGGGACUUUUCUGCGAAAAGAGCGCCGAAGGAAAUUAAGAGCAUGUCCGGAGAAGAGCACAGUUUAUCAGAGGUGGAGACGAGUCCCGGAGCAUCGGAUGAUGGUCUCUCGCUGUCGCCAGGCAACCCGUGUGGCGCAGCGGGAGGUGGGAGAUCACCCUUGUUAGGGUCCCAUCAGGGCGUGAUGGGAAUGGGCGGCGAAGAGGGUGCGCUGGACAGUAGGAUGGCGGCCAAGUCGGACGACGAAGACGACCGUUUCCCCGUCGGCAUCCGCGAAGCGGUCAGCCAGGUGCUCAAAGGCUAUGACUGGACCCUGGUGCCCAUGCCUGUGCGCGCAAAUUCCGGGAGCAAGGGCAAGCCUCACGUGAAGCGGCCGAUGAACGCCUUCAUGGUGUGGGCGCAGGCAGCUCGUCGGAAGCUGGCCGACCAGUACCCUCAUCUGCACAACGCCGAGCUCAGCAAAACCCUGGGGAAACUGUGGAGGCUCCUGAACGAGAGCGACAAGAGGCCUUUCAUUGAGGAGGCCGAGCGGCUGCGCAAGCAGCACAAGAAGGACUACCCCGACUAUAAGUACCAGCCCCGGCGCCGCAAGAACGGAAAGCCAAACUCCAGCUCGGAGGCCGACGCCCACUCUGAAGGCCAGAGUCACAGCCCCCCCACGCCUCCCAGCACCCCUAAAACAGAGCUUCAGACUGGGAAGUCUGCAGAGGGGAAGCGGGAAAACGGUAGGGCGGGAGGCUCCCGUGGAGGGCUGGGAGCUGCGGCUGACGGGGCAUCGGCAUCUGCCUCCAACGGGGGGAAGCCUCACAUCGACUUCGGGAACGUGGACAUCGGGGAGAUCAGCCAUGACGUGAUGUCCAACAUGGAGCCCUUCGACGUGAACGAGUUUGACCAGUACUUACCCCCCAACGGGCACCCGGCUGGUAUGGGCACGGCGGUGUCGGGCUCUUCUGCCUCUCCCUACGCGUACGCCCUAGCAGCUGCCGGCGGACACUCUGCCGCCUGGCUCUCCAAGCAACAGCAACAGCCCUCGAGUGGUUCUGACCCGUCCAAAGCACAGAUCAAGAGCGAGUCAGCCUCAGGGGCCGCCUUCUCGGAGCCGUCCCCUCCAGGAGGUUCGCACGUGACCUACGCUCCACUCAGCCUCCCCCACUACAGCUCCGCCUUCCCUGGCUUGGCCCCCAGGGCCCAGUUUGAGUACGGCGACCAUCAGGCUUCGAGCUCCUACUACACCCAUUCGAGCUCCACCUCGAGCCUGUACUCUGCCUUCUCCUACAUGGGCCCCUCACAGAGGCCCCUGUACACAGCCAUCGGUGACCCCGGCAGUGUCCCCCAGUCACACAGCCCCCCGAACUGGGAGCAGCCGGUCUACACCACCCUCUCCAGACCGUGACGGGAGGGUGGCGAGGAAGGGGCUCUGCCACAGUGCACGUUCUGUCUCUCUUCGGAA